CAGUGAUCGUCAUUCGUUCAAAGUACCGAACUAAAUAGCCGAUUACUUUUAGUUAUUUAGUAAAGUUUAUGGCAGAGAGAACAAAAUAAAAUAUUUUCAACCAAUUUAUAAAUGGAGGGCAAAAGAUAUAAUUUGAUUUCACGAUACUUUGAAAACGCAGAGGUGCUCAUGACCGGGGCUGCGGAUAUAGAGGCUUUUUUGAACAAUAUCCCUUCCAGUUCAAGUUCCGAAACGUCAUCAAGCUCUGAGGAGUCCGAAGACGAAAAAAGAAAGGCUUUUGAAGAUUUUUGUGAAGUUAUUGACGGCUAUAGCGAAGAGGAGUUUGAAUCUCACAUGAGAUUACGACGUUCAACUGCUGAACUUUUAAUCGAGAGAUAUGCAUCUAGUAUUUUACCUAAAACACACUCUGGAGGUAGAGAAAGUCUGCCACCGAAAAAAAGAGUCUUCAUAUACAUCUGGUAUUUGAGCAAUGCGAUAACAUUUCGAAAACUAGCUGACUUGUUUCGAGUAUCAAUAUCGACAGUUUGGUCUGCGGUGAACAGUGUCUCUGCAUGGAUUAUCUCAGUCGGUCACGAAUAUAUAAAAUGGCCGGAAGGUACUAUGGCAAAGGAAAUCCAAAAGAAAUUUCAGGCGAAAAGUGGUAUUCCGGGUGUUAUUGGGGUUAUCGACUGCACGCAUAUUCGUAUAAAAACUCCAAGGGUGAAUAAGGAAAAUUACUUAAACCGGAAAAAUCAAUACAGCUUAGUGCUUCAAGCAGUAGUGGAUGCAGACAAAAGAUUUAUCGACAUAACUUGUGGCGAACCUGGAUCACUGAAUGACAUCAGAGUUCUACGAAGAUCUAAUCUUUAUGCUACAGCGCAAUCAGAUUUACAAAAUUUAUUUCCGAACAACUCAUUUAUUUUGGGUGACUUGGCUUAUCCCUCAACAAGCUGGUUGGUGUCGCCCUUCAAAGAGGACGGUAACUUGACUGAAUCGCAAAGACAUUUCAACGAAAUACACACAUCUACUUGUGGGGUUGUGAAAAAUGCCUUUGGCUUAUUAAAGACUAGAUUCAGGAGACUGUUACAUUUUACUGAACAAACAAAUUUAAACUUUGUUGUCAACAUAAUUGUAAGUGCUUGUAUUCUUCAUAAUGUGUGUAUCGCAUCUAAUGAUUCAUGUAUAGAAGUUGCAAAAGAUGAAGGUUUAGAACCCGGUACGCAAGACGGACCUCUGGAAAGCAAUUUCCCCACACAUGGUAUUCGACGUGAUUUACUUUUUGAAUACUUACUACAGCUUAACAAAAUAUAAGGAAAAAUAUAACAAGUAACUUUU